CCCAGGCGGCGGAGCCUCCGGGACGCCGAACGGCGGGCGGCGGAGGAGGAGACGGCGGGUCGGGCAAGGAGAUGAGACACCAUCUACAAAUAAUGGAAGUGAUGAUGAGAAAACAGGACUCAAGAUUGUAGGUAACGGAAGUGAACAGCAGCUACAAAAAGAGCUGGCAGAUGUACUGAUGGAUCCUCCAGUGGAUGACCAGCCAGGGGACAAGGAGGUUGUGAAGAAGUCACAAAUGGAUGGUGAAGGAGAUGGGCAUCUUUCUAAUCAACUCUCAGCUUCAUCCACCAUUAAUCCUGUGCCAUUAGUAGGGCUCCAAAAACCAGAGAUGAGCCUGCCAGUGACAUCUGGACAAGGAGAUUCUGAAGUGUCAAGUCCUUUUACACCAGUGACUGAUGAGGACAGCAUAGUUUUCAGUAAACUAACCUAUUUAGGCUGUGCCUCAGUAAAUGCUCCCAGGAGUGAAGUGGAAGCAUUAAGGAUGAUGUCCAUCUUAAGAAGCCAAUGUCAGAUAUCACUAGAUGUAACACUCUCAGUGCCGAACGUAUCUGAAGGAAUUGUGAGACUCUUAGAUCCUCAGACAAACACUGAAAUAGCAAACUACCCUAUCUACAAAAUCCUCUUCUGUGUCAGAGGACAUGAUGGAACUCCUGAAAGUGACUGUUUUGCUUUCACUGAAAGCCAUUACAAUGCAGAGCUCUUCAGAAUACAUGUGUUUCGGUGUGAGAUACAAGAAGCUGUAAGCCGGAUACUUUAUAGUUUUGCCACUGCCUUCCGCCGUUCUGCCAAGCAGACCCCACUUUCAGCCACUGCUACACUCCAGACUCCUGACAGUGACAUCUUUACCUUCUCUGUAUCUUUAGAAAUAAAAGAAGAUGAUGGUAAAGGUUAUUUUAGUGCAGUUCCCAAAGAUAAGGACAGACAAUGUUUUAAACUACGCCAAGGAAUUGAUAAGAAGAUUGUUAUCUAUGUACAGCAAACAACUAAUAAAGAACUUGCCAUUGAAAGGUGUUUUGGUCUUCUCCUUAGCCCAGGAAAAGAUGUACGAAAUAGUGACAUGCACUUGUUAGAUUUGGAAUCUAUGGGCAAAAGUUCAGAUGGAAAGUCCUAUGUUAUUACUGGGAGCUGGAAUCCAAAAUCCCCACAUUUUCAAGUCAUAAAUGAAGAAACUUCUAAAGAUAAAGUGCUGUUUAUGACCACAGCUGUUGAUUUGGUAAUAACAGAAGUACAGGAGCCUGUUCGAUUUCUCCUAGAGACAAAAGUUCGCGUUUGCUCACCUAAUGAAAGAUUAUUCUGGCCCUUCAGCAAACGUAGUACUACUGAAAAUUUCUUUUUGAAACUAAAGCAGUUGAAGCAAUGUGGCCUCCAGUUUUUGCUUUUCUUUGUAGCAAAACUCUUUGGAAGAAAUCAGGAUCACCAGUGA